UCAUCUAUCUUCCUCCGUCUUCACAUCAUGAUGAUGAAUAAUCGUUUUUAUCCAUCUUUUACAAACAUUGGUUCAGCAUCAUCAUGGUUUGAGAUAUACGCUGCUUUUUCCACUUUCAUGAUGAUUUUUAGAACUGCAAUCAAUGAUCUCAUACCCUUAAAACUUCGAAACUUCAUCAUCUCAAAACUCUCCUCUUUCUUCUCCAGUUAUAGACCCAGUAACGAAGUCUCACUUCAAAUUGAUCAGACUUGGGAUGGAAAUACCAACAAUCUCUACUAUGCAGCCAAAGAGUAUCUCCCUACUAAAAUAUCCAACACUUACAAAUCCCUCAAAAUUGGAAAAAUUUCUGAUCAUAAAAACUUACUCUUAGCUUUUGAUGGAAAGCAACGAGUGUUCGAUGAAUUUGAAGGCAUCAAGAUUAAAUGGCUGCGGAUUCAAAAACCCGAUAACGAGGUUUUUGAAAGUCCUAAUCCCGUUAGAGAACUUGAUGGUGAGGGUUAUCAUUAUCAAGGUUAUCCCGAAACAUAUCAGUAUAAUAAGCCUAAAGAAUCUGCUGAGAACGGAUUCAUGUUAAGUUUCGAUGAGAAACAUAGAGAUAAAGUAAUGGAGAAAUAUAUUCCACAUGUUUUAAGGACUUAUGAAGCUAUAAAAGCAGGAAAUAGAACUCUCAAGAUCCAUUCCAUGCAAACUGGGGUUUGGAAACACAGUGAUUUUAAUCAUCCUGCUUCCUUUGAUUCACUUGCUUUGGAUCCUGAUCUAAAGAAAUCUAUAACUGAUGAUAUAGAUAUGUUCUUGAGGAGGAAGAAGCUUUAUCAAAAAGUGGGAAAGCCUUGGAAACGUGGUUACCUAUUGUAUGGGCCACCAGGAACAGGAAAAUCUAGUCUUAUUGCUGCUAUAGCCAAAUACUUGAAAUUUGAUGUAUAUGAUAUGGAUCUUAGUUUGGUGUAUUGUAACUCACAGCUCACUACAUUAAUGAGAGGAACAUCUAACAGAUCCAUCAUUGUUAUUGAAGACAUUGACUGCAACAAAGAGGUGCUUAAUCGAUCAAACCAUGUUAAUAUGGACAUGGGUUCAGACCAUUUCUCCGGGGCUCAGGUUCAUAUGCUACAGGCAUAUCAGGCAAAUCCGGGUAGUAAAAAAAGGUUUACCAUGUCGGGUCUUCUUAAUUGUAUGGAUGGUUUGUGGUCAAGUUUUGGAGAAGAACGGAUUUUGAUAUUCACUACAAAUCAUAAAGACAAAGUUGAUUCGGCAUUGUUGCGUCCUGGUAGAAUGGAUAUGCAUAUUCACUUGUCCUUUCUUAAAACCAAGGCAUUCAAAAUCUUAGCUUCAAACUAUUUGGACAUUGAAGAACAACAUGGUCCACUCAUUCAACAAAUUGAAGAGCUAUUGGAAAAAGUAGAUGUCACCCCUGCAGUAGUGGCAGAACAUUUGUUGAGAAAUGAGGAUGCUAAUGUUGCUCUAGAAGGACUGGUUAAAUUUCUUCAUGAAGUUUGAAGAGAGAAUGAAGAAUAAUGUCAGGAAUUCUAUUAGAUUUGGUAUUAUACUUUCUGCAUAGUCUUUGCAGAAAGUAUGCUUAAGUGGGACAGUAGUUUUAUGCUUUAAAAUUGUUCAAGUCUUAUGUUUUUGUUUUA